AUGUCUGCUUUAACAAGAAAUUCGUCUAAUCCACCACCAUACUUCUACGACUUAAGUCCAGAACAACAGAAGAAUUGGAUGAAAACUACUCGUCGAAUGGAAAAAAACGAACAACUACGAGCCGAAUAUUCACCUUUUCAAUCACCAUCAAAUUUUACAGUUAUUCAUCUUCACCAUUAUUCAUCAAUCGAAACAGUAGAAGAAUUAAUAAUGAUGGCAAGAGCAACACAUAUAUA